UUCACUUAUUGGUUCUGAAGGAGAAGGUAGAAGUUGCCAAAAACAGAACAUACAGAAUAUGAAAUCCUGCGCGACGCAAAUAAUAUCCCAAGGUUGAAAUUGAGGAUAAUAUUUUAUUCUUUAAAAACGAUGAAACUAAAACGGAAACAAGUCUAGAAGUGCAAGGGGAUCAUGAACGAAGAAAUCGAAAAGUAAAAGAACGUGAAGAAAUGGAACAAGAGAAAAAGGAAGACGGUGAAAGAAGAAAUAGAGAACACAAGUGUAAAGAACGAAACGAACAAAAAGAACGAGAAGAGCGAGAAAGAGAACAUCAAGAUCUAGAGCAAGAAGAUCAAGAAUAUCGAGAAAAUAUGGAAAGAGAAAGACAUGAAAGUCGACGAGAAAGGAGAGAGCAAGAAAUAAAUCGAGAAAGAGAAGAGCGAGAAAGAAGAGAACGAGAAAGAGAGAGCAAGAAAAAAAUCGAGAAAGAGAAGAGCGAGAUGGAAUAGAACGAGAAAGGAGAGAGCAAGAAAAAAUCGAGAAAGAGAAGAGCGAGAUGUAAUAGAACGAGAAAGGAGAGAGCAAGUAAGAAAUCGAGAAAGUGAAGAUGCAGAAAGAGAAGAGCGAUAAAGAAAUGGAAACGAACAAAUGGACUUGGAAUUUAAUAAUGUAAG